UAUACGGGCAGGGAGAGUGUUUUGAUCUUUGUCGUCUCCUCUCUCUUUCUGACCUCUUCCUUGGUGGCUUUCUCUCGAUUCUCUAUCUCUUUGUCUCUCUCUGUCUUCUUCUCUUUAGGAUAUAUAACUCUCUAUCAUCUUAUUCUCCCCCUUUGGCCCUCAAAAUCCAACUUUUUACUUCUCUUGCCUGUCCUCUAAUCGCUUGCCCACCCGGCAUAUUUUUGCUACUGCUCUUUCCAGCCCGAACCAAGUUUUCCAGUCAGCUCCGAGAGAGAAAAUAGGACGCACCACCGUAUCGCUCUUCUGCUAGCUUUAGCUCAGAACUUCCCGUAUGUUCUCCUCCCUGCCACUCAGAUACUAUCCAGAUAACUCACAUGCCACUCACUCUAGCUGUAUAACUUCUUCAUCUUCCGACUCAAUCGUACCCUACUUCGCUGAGACCCUCACCUUAUACCACUACAACCCGCAUCGCAAUGGCAACCACAGCUGCUCCCAACCACCGCGCGUCCCUUCUCGCCGGCCUUCGCACAGGCGGUGUCCGUUCUACUUCUGGCCCUAUGGCAAACGUUCCGCAUACUGCCGCUCCUGGCGGGUCUUUCAAUAUGCCUCGUUAUGUCUCGAAUGGUUACAACGGUUACAACGACUCUUUGUAUGAGGAAGAGGAUGAGUUGGCAGAUAUGAUGUCUCAGAACUUGUACAUCAAUCACGCACAGAAUCGGAUGCAACAGCCUAUGACCGCCGCUGUUGAUGGUUCUGCGAAUCGUUUCGCUCACCAGCAGACAAUGGGCAUGAACAGACCCUUGCCCAUGUCCCCGUUCAUGACGCCAGACACCCAGGCGCAAUUGCAGGCUCUUCAGCUGCAGAUGAUGCAGACGGAAAUCGCCAGGCUGCAGACUCUGCAAAUGCAACAUCAGCAGCAGCAACAGUACCAGGCCGAGUUAUUCGCUCAAGCUCAGCGUCAGCGACAGAUGCCACAGGUUCAGCCGGCUCGUCGUAGCGCUAUGCCUCCCGCCUCCGCUGGCCCAACUAGCACCUCGUUUGACUUACGUUCUGCGACAAUGAGGCGUGCCCAACAGGCUGAGAUGAUUUCCAAACUCGGUGCCGUUGGCGAGGAGCAGGUUCCCAUGACCGCUUCUCUUGGUGGCAGAUUUGGCAGCCGUGUCCCGUCGGGCGGGUACGAGGAGGAUUUGUCUUCUGGAUUGAGGAACCCGCCUACCACACCCAGCUACACCACCGUCAUCUCUGGCGGAACCUCGCUCGGUGGUUCGUCUAGCAACAGCAACAAUGGGAUCGCUCCUUCCAAGUCUGAUGCUGCGGUGUCGUGGCGGCGUGGUGGAAACAACUCGGUGUUGAGUGGUAAUCGUACUGCUUCAGCACCGGUGGUCAAAAUCACACCACCCCCUGCAGAGCGGAACUCGCCUCCUCCAUCUAUCAGCCCCAUUAAGACUCGUCCCCAGCCAUUGCGUUUCAGCGCCGAGAUAUCUGAGCCAUUGACCUCCGUCGCCAUUGUGACCAACGAUGGCACUGAUGGCGAUGAUAGCUCGUCAUCUUCUUCCAGGUCCAACUCUUCUCCGAGCACUCCUCGCACCGCUUCUUCCAUGGGUGAUGUUCCACCUCUUUCCCCUCGCGAGGAAGCUGCCAAGAAGUUGUAUGAGGGGUUGGGCAUUGGCAGACCUGUUCCUAGCGUCACCGUUGUCGCCCCUCCUACAGCUGCUAUGCAGCGCUUGGCGAGCCAGCCAUUACGUCAACCCCGUGGACCUCCCUCCAACAACGAAGAGCUCGUUCCUAAGAACUUCGCUACCCGAAGCCGCCGUAAGGCUAUUGGUGCCCUGCUGGAUGCUCGCGAGAGGCGUGAGGUGGUCGAGGCGUACUGAUCAAGUUCAUACCCUCCCAUCACUAUAACUCUCACUCUCCCAAUCCAUCUGGAUGAGAAUUGUACGAUAUUGUUUUUCUUAUUCACCCCACCACUUCCGCCCCGUGUCUCUGUUGAGAACACCACUUUCCUUUUGUGCUUCCUUCCCCCCCGUUGUUUUAUAUCGACAUGCCCUAUUUUUAUUGACGUGCGCGCCCAAGUUUGCACCGGACACUCAGUUGAAUCGAUACAGCUUUCAAGUCGCCGUCCACCCUUUCUUUUUCCCGAAUGCCCACCCACUUCUUCCCCUUUCACCCUUUCACCCCCACCACCACCCCAGGAUGCCCUGUCCAUUCUUCUCAUCUCAGCCCCACCGGAUACGGAGGUUCCGGUCUCUAUGGACAGACGGUCGAGCAGCGAUUGUGUUGUUGUUGUUGUUUUGAUUUCCUUUCCUUUCCUUUUUUUUAAGCUCUCCACGCGCGGAUAUGUAUUUUUCGGAGGUGUUGGGACAGCGCAGGGAAGCUGCGCUUCCCCCGGGUCGAGAUAACAUCAUCAUCAUCAUCAUCAGCACCAUCAGCUCUCUGUUGCACCUCAGAAGGUCGGGAAAAUUGUCGAAUUUGAAAGAAGUUCCUCUCGCCGUAGGUGCGAAUAGGUCAGAAUUAGUCUACGUUGCGCUGAGCUUUUUGUAUACCACCCCUCCCUUGAUGCAAUCCAAAGCCAAAUUUCCCUCUGAUUUUUUUGCGGUGGUGUGCCAGUGUGCAAUCGCAUGCAUAAGAAGCAAUGAUACAGAACACGGAUACGGAUACAAUAAACACGGGGGAUGAAUGAGUAGCAAAUGAGUACACAGCAUCUCAUUUACAACGUUGUGCGACGAUUUUGCUUCCAUGCUCCUGUGAUGUACGAAGGAGGUACCUUAAUGAACGAACAAUAAUACGCCAU